UCAGCGGCCCACUUCCGGCAAUAAUCGCCGCGACGCCGUCAGGUGCGGGCCUAGGUCGCCGGAGCGCCAGGUGGGCACUGGGGGCCGCGGGCGCGUCAGGUGGGGACGGCUGGCCACGGGCGAGUCAGGUGAAGACCGGGGACGCCGGGCGCGUCAGGGUUUUCAGGAGCUGCUAUUAUAAACAUAUAGUGGUUAGGAGCAUGGAUCCUGGAGUGAGACUCCAUCAGUUUGAAUCCCAGCUCCACUAAACUCCUUGCCUCCGUGUCUUCGUCUAUAAAAGAGGAGAACUAUGCCAUUUUUGGGUCAGGAUUGGAGAUCUCCUGGAUGGAGUUGGAUUAAGACAGAAGAUGGCUGGAAGAGAUGUGAAUCCUGUAGUCAGAAACUUGAAAGAGAGAACAACCAUUGUAACAUCAGUCACAGCAUUAUCUUAAAUAGUGAAGAUGGAGAAAUAUUCAAUAAUGAAGAGCAUGAAUAUGCAUCCAAAAAAAGGAAAAAGGACCAUUUUAGAAAUGACACAAAUACUCAAAGUUUUUAUCGUGAAAAAUGGAUCUAUGUCCAUAAAGAAAGCACAAAAGAAAGGCAUGGCUAUUGCACCUUGGGAGAGGCCUUUAAUCGGUUAGACUUCUCAAGUGCAAUUCAGGAUAUCCGAAGGUUUAAUUAUGUGGUCAAACUAUUGCAGCUAAUUGCAAAAUCCCAGUUAACUUCAUUGAGUGGUGUGGCACAAAAGAAUUACUUCAACAUUUUGGAUAAAAUCGUUCAAAAGGUUCUUGAUGACCACCACAAUCCUCGCUUAAUCAAAGAUCUUCUGCAAGACCUAAGCUCUACCCUCUGCAUUCUUAUUAGAGGAGUAGGGAAGUCUGUAUUAGUGGGAAACAUCAAUAUUUGGAUUUGCCGAUUAGAAACUAUUCUCGCCUGGCAACAACAGCUACAGGAUCUUCAGAUGACUAAGCAAGUGAACAAUGGCCUCACCCUCAGUGACCUUCCUCUGCACAUGCUGAACAACAUCCUCUACCGGUUCUCAGACGGAUGGGACAUCAUCACCUUAGGCCAGGUGACCCCCACGCUGUAUAUGCUCAGUGAAGACAGACAGCUGUGGAAGAAGCUGUGUCAGUACCAUUUUGCUGAAAAGCAGUUUUGUAGACAUUUGAUCCUUUCAGAAAAAGGUCAUAUUGAAUGGAAGUUGAUGUACUUUGCACUUCAGAAACAUUACCCAGCGAAGGAGCAGUACGGAGACACGCUGCAUUUCUGUCGGCACUGCAGCAUUCUCUUUUGGAAGGACUACCACCUUGCCUUACUAUUCAAGGACUCAGGACACCCCUGCACGGCGGCCGACCCCGACAGCUGCUUCACGCCUGUGUCUCCGCAGCACUUCAUCGACCUCUUCAAGUUUUAAGAGUUUCCCCUGCCAUCCCUGUUGGAGAUUGUGCAUCAUGCUGUCUGUGCAGGGCUCAUAGUGAGUGUUCUGUGAGGUGGGUGGAGGCUCCUGGGAGGCCCCUGCUUCCAGAAAGCCUGGGAAGAACUGCCCUUCUGCACAGGGGGUGCGUAGUUGCAUUUUCAUCAUUGAAGGUCAGAGGCCAAGGAAAUCAUUUCUACUUUAAAAACUCUUCUUCUAAGCAUAUUAAAAUGUGAAAUUUUGCACAUUAUAUAUAUAUAGUUAAAAAAUGUUUCAGGUGGUCAGCUCCACAUUCUUUGUUAACCUGACACUAACAGCCAAUAACAUGCUUCUUAACUGUCAAAUUACAGUUUCCCAAUUUUAUACUAAUUGGGGGUGGGUGACAAAACAGUUGAUCCUUGUAAAUACAUUGUACAGAAUAUUUAUUUUUUCUCAAAAUGCAUUUUAACUACUACAUUGGCUGUGACCAGAUGAGUCCUCUUUGAACAGAAAGUGAACCCAGGGCAAUGAUAGCCAUUCUUGUCUUAGGGCUUACGGAUCGGGGUAUGAAUUGUGCACACACAGCCCAACAACGGGCAGUGGUCUCUGUGGUCCUGAGGCAUCCAGCACAGGUUCUGGCAAGGGUACCCCUGCUCGGGGUGUGGGCUGGUCUGUGCGUAAUCCCGGCAUCCAGCACAGGUUCUGGCAAGGGUACCCCUGCUCGGGGUGUGGGCUGGUCUGUGCGUAAUCCCGGACUGUGAUGGCAACAGCCCAGUGCAGUCUGAACUUCAGUUGUGUUGAAACUACUUUAAUAGACAAAGUAAUAAAUGAUGUUUAUCUAUUGAUGUAAACUUCAUCAGUUUUGCAUCCUACUGAGAAAUGUUAGUGAUUUUGAUAUUUAAAUCCUUAAAAGAUUGCUUUGUUUUUAAAAUAACGCAUGUCCAUUUUAGAAAAUUAGAAAAUCAGUCCCACCACCCAAAGAUUAUUGUGCAUGCUGAAAAGAAUAUGAAAAAUCCCCUCAGCAGGCAUAGGAUAGAAAUGCAUUGUUGUAUAUUUCCAUUUUCGAAUAGGGUCAAGGAACCUAAGCAAAUCAUUUCUACUUUUUUUUUCCUCUAAGCAUAAUAAAAUUAUACUUUUAUAGCUUUUAUAAAUAGGACUAAAAAAAGAUUCUGGAUUUUUCAGCCCCACUUCUGUGAACUGACACAAAUGGCCAAGAAUGCAUUUAUUUGUCAAAUUAUAGUUUCUCCUGAGGCGAUGCAAAUACCUGGGGCCUCCAUGAAUAUAUGUUAGUUUUUCAUAAAACCAUAAAUGUCCUGUAUCCCACUGUUAUUUCACAACCCCUCCACCCCACCUUUUUUAGAAACAACCAUAUCCUAAAUGUUAUUUGGAAACUUGGUUUUUAUUAGCUCCGUAGAAUCACCCAGAUGGAACAGACUUUAUCAUCACAGCAUCCUGGGGUUCCCGAGUGUCUCGCUGUUAGCAUCAAUAACUGUGAUUAGCAUCAUCACACAUUAACAAUGUGGCCGUCUCCUUACAAUAAACCAGUAGUCAACAUCAUGAGUCAAA